CCCACAUGACAACAAGACCUAAAUUUCCCUUUUUCAUAAUUUCACCCCCCUCUCAAUUGAAUUCCUUUGCAAAUCCUCUCCUUUUAAAUCGAAAAUUCAAAUUAUCGUGUGCUUGAUCUCUAAACAAUUCAAGCGUUAGGGUGCUAAUGGCUUUCCAACAGACACCAUUGUCUGAUCCCCCAGUAGACACGUCGCUGAACACGAACGCUAAAUCCGUUACCGAAAAUUCAACGGGCUUUUGCGAGUGCAACAUCUGUUUAGAGUCCGCAAGAGACCCGGUGGUAACCCUAUGCGGUCAUCUGUAUUGCUGGCCCUGUAUCUACAAGUGGCUUCAAGCCGAAACCGACAAACAACCCAACUGCCCGGUUUGCAAAGCUCACAUCUCCACUUCAUCACUAGUUCCACUAUACGGGCGUGGCAACACCCCAUCAUCGAACGAACCCGAAACCGAAUUAAAGCGGGCUCAUCAAUCAGAGCUAGUCAUACCCAACAGACCGCCAGCACCGGGAGGUUCGGUUUUGCAUCUGAACCAGCAGAUCCAUCCGGUCCCUUUUCCGGGUCAGCCUCAACCUCACGCGCACCCAUUUGGAAGCUACGCAUUUGGUCCAUCUAACCCAGGUGGGCCCAUGACCGCAACCAGCUUUUCAAACCCGAUUGUGGGGAUGGUUGGUGAGAUGGUGUGUGGUAUGAUCUUUAGGAGCUCGGAUUCGGGUUAUUUUACCGCUUAUCCUCAUGGGCCGUCCCAGAACCCGUAUCUGGUCCCGGGCGCUGGUACUCCGAGGGUGAGAAGGCAGGUGAUGCAGGUUGAGAAAUCGCUUAACCGGUUGACUAUAUUUUUAUUUUUUUGUUUUGUUUUGUGUUUUCUGUUGUUUUGAGUUUGGAGAAAUGUUUAUUUACAUAAUGAAGUUCUCAUGUAGAUUGGAUUUUGUAAUUCAUUCACAUUAUGUUGUGACCAUGCGAAUCGAACCAGUCGUUUGAUCUUUA